AUGCAGUAUUUUCUUGAUCCUGUUUUCUCUUUUCUGUUAACUUCCAAAGAACAAGUCCAAAUGGGAAGAGGAAAGUUAUCAGCUGCCAUCGGCAGGACCGCUCUUAAUCAGAGACGAGAGUCUCUGGCCUUGGUCGUAGAUGACCAACCUGAGCCCCUCAAUUUCAUUGUUCCACUGAUGGUCUCUUCCUGCAAUGAAAAGAUUCGUCCAGUGCUUGAUGCUGUAGAAAACUUGAGACGUCUCAACAUCACCAAAGAAGGUAUACAGCUUCCAACUAUUGUUGUUGUGGGUGACCAGUCUUCUGGUAAGUCUUCUGUCCUAGAAUCUCUUGCAGGAAUCAGUUUGCCACAUGGACAGGGAAUCUGCACAAGGGUGCCCUUAGUUAUGGGGCUCCAGAGCCACCCUCUCCCAAAACCUGAGCUUGUGUUGGAGUUUAACGGCAAAGCUAUUUCAACAGAAGAAGAACACAAAAAUGGUGUUCCUGAUCUGACUAUGGUGGAUCUCCCAGGUACUAGAGUUCCUGUUCAUGGACAGCCUGAGAACAUUUAUGAUCAGAUCAAAGACAUAAUCAUAGAGUACAUCAGACCUGAAGAGGCUAUUAUAUUGAAUGUUCUAUCAGCUACUAUUGAUUUUCCAAGCUGUGAGUCCAUUCGGAUGUCACAGAGUGUUAAUAAAACUGGCUUAAGAACUCUGGCGGUGGUAACAAAGGCUGACAAAGCUCCAGAAGGACUCUUAGAGAAGGAAACUGCUGAUGAUGUGAACAUAGGACUUGGUUAUGUGUGUGUGAGGAAUCGAAUCAGUGAUGAGACCUAUGAAGAGGCUCGAAUGGAGGAAGCUUCGCUCUUUGAGAACCACCCGCUUCUUUCCAAGAUUGACAAAUCGAUAGUGGGCGUACCUGUUCUGGCUCAGAAGCUUGUUCAGCAUCAAGCUUCAAUUAUUUCAAAGACACUGCCUGAGAUUGUUAGAAAAAUCAACGAGAAGCUGAGUGCUCAGCUUUCUGAGUUGGAUAGCUUGCUCAAGAGCCUGACUUCUAUUGCUGAUGCAAUGACUGCCUUCAUGCAUAGAGUUAGAUACAUCCGAAAGCUAACUUUGAUUAGUUUAAUAAGCUAA